AUGUCUACUGAAGAAGAAGCUCUCUUAUCCGCAUUUCAAAGUAACAUCUCCAUUAUCUAUUCGCUCGUUUGGCUUACUAGUCGGACUGAUGUCAUGGAUGAGUACAAUCAUCUCAAUAGAAGUCUUCAAAAUCUUAUCAAUGAUUCUCGAAUCUUCCAAGAAUUCAAUCAAUGUGAAAUGUAUCUUAAUUCCAGUUCGGCCGAUAGUCGAGUAAUUCUGAUUAUUCAAGAAAGUUUCAGUGAUUUCUUCAUGUCUCACAUACAUCAUCUUCGUCAAGUGUUUACUAUUUAUAUUUAUCAGGAAAUUAGAAAAGAUCAUUGCAUAAAAAAGUAUCAAAAAAUAAUUGGUGUUUAUGAACAAUUAGACGAACUAAUUAAGCAAAUUAGAAAAGAUCGCGAACGACNAAAUUGGAAUUCUCUAUGGUUUUUCGGUUCUAAACGUUUGAUCGACUGGAAGAACAUAGAAAUUAGGCAACUUGGUAGCCUUGAUUGUACUGAUGAUCAUUUACAACCGAUUACAAAUCCUUUUCAAUUAACUUCGUAUAGUCGUGUGUCAGCUUAA